AAUGGCUGGUUCGAUGGUCGUUAACGAUGGUUCCGUUAGCUGAUUUGGUUUAAAAGAAAGUGCGGAUAUAUUGUCAUCUUACGUUCUUUAUUAAUGAUGGUUUAGUGGUGGAUUCAUUCGGUUAAGCCCGGUUAUCGUCCACCUUCCGGCUCAUAUACUCUACACUCUGGCUCUAUUCGAUUUCCGGGUUUCUAGUUCACUUCCUUACCAAAGUUAUCUCAGUCAAACGGGAUUACUGGUAGAUACACUGGAUAGGUGCAAGUGUAGGAAUGCCGGGCUCAAAAGGACAAGAGAAGCCGAUUGCUGUUCAUGCUACGGUGCUGUUAGAUAAAGGAGGCCAUAAAUUUCCAGCCCGGUAUAUUUUCGCUAUACUAGCCUUCGUUGGAUUGUUUAACUCGUACGCAUUACACGUCGACCUGAGCGUGGCCAUUGUGGCAAUGGUCAAAGCCAGAACGAUCAACACCACGACGCUCAAUGCCUCAGAGAUCCAUCAGCGUGAAGAUUCGUGUCCGUAUCCUAAUGCCUCCCGUUCGAACAACAACGUACUCGAGCAUACAGCCGGAGAAUUCGAGUGGGACGGUACCACACAGGGCAUCGUGCUGGGAUCAUACUUUUACGGUUACAUCCUGACACAGUUUCCCGGCGGCUGGGUGGCCAACCGUUUUGGAGCCAAAUAUGUCCUGGGAUUGGCGCUGCUCACAUCGGGGCUGCUGUCACUGGUGCUGCCCGUACUGACCCGCUGGAACCUGUGGGCGCUGAUUGUGGUGCGUUUUCUCCAAGGUUUUGUGGGGGGAGUCAGUUUUCCUUGUGUGCACGCAAUGUGCGGCAAAUGGAUACCGCCCUCGGAGCGCACCAUGUUGAGCAUGUUCAUCUAUUCCGGAACACACUUUGGCACCGUCUGUACGCUGAUAAUAUCCGGUGUGCUAACGGAGCAUCUGGGCUGGGACAGUGUCUUCUAUGUGUUCGGCAGUCUGGCAUGUGUAUGGUUCGUCCUAUGGCUCUUCUUCGCCUACAACUCCCCAGAGGAGCAUCCCCGUAUCUCUGCCACGGAGAAGGCCUUCCUAAUGGCCGUCAUCGGGAAUCGAUUUUCUCACUCCGACGGCAGGCCGCAGAAUAUCCCGUGGUCACGGAUCGCUCGCUCCCUGCCCUUUUACGCCAUCUGUGUGGCCUUCUUCGGACAAGAUUGGGGUUUCUUUACCCUGCUGACUAAUCUGCCGUCCUAUCUGGCCCGGGUGCUGCAUUUUAGGAUGGAGCAGAAUGGAUUCAUCGCGGCAGUGCCGUACUUAGCGCUGGGCUUACUCAUGCCGGUCCUGGGCAUCGUGGCCGAUAAGCUCAUCAACUCCCGUACCCUCAGCAGAACCGCAGUCCGCCGCACUUACCAUCUAAUCGGCCAACUGUCGGCCGCCGGCUGCUUGAUCGCAGUGACCCUCGUCGGCUGCAACGUGGUGGCCACGGUGAUUCUGCUGAUUUGCGCCGUAGGUAUGUUGGCCUUCUCCGUGGCAUCCUUCGCCAUCAAUCACAUCGACAUUGCCCCGCAGUAUGCCGGCAUUCUCAUGGGCAUUACCAACACCAUCGGCGCCGUGCCGGGCAUCGUCGCGCCCUACCUGGUGGGCGUACUGACCAGUGGACCGGAUGGCAACACUCUGACGCAAUGGUCCAUUGUCUUCUAUGUCACGGCAGGCAUUUUCAUCGUCUGCGGCAUCUUCUACGCCUGCUGUGCAUCGGGAGAACUACAGCCCUGGGAUGAACCAAAGAAGGCGCAGGAUCCGCCCAAGCCUAACUCAAGCAGCAUCUGCUUAACUCGAGAUUUUUAA